GCAAUGCCGGCGUCGGGGCGCUGGGGCGCGCCGACGGCGGCGGGGUCUUCCGCCUCCGCGCCAGGGCGCGGAGGGGGCGGCGCGGUGGAGGGCGGCGUCGGGGGCGGCGCGGCCACCGCGGCGGAUGGCGGCUUCCUGUUGCCAGGGGCGGCCUCUGGCGGCAGCGGCGGCGCUGCGCCUGGCGGCGCCGCGGCCGCUCGCGCCCGCGGCGCGGCCGCCAGGGCGCCGAGCGCAGAGACGCCCGGCGAGGGCCCCCGGGUGGUGGGGCGAGUCAGUCGGUGCACCAUGAACCUCUGUUUCGUCGUGUACCAG